AUGUCGAUAGAAGUUCUGAGCAAAGAGUUGGCCGCCAUUGUCAUUCACGAUCACGACGAGAAGCCACUGCCGCCCAUAUCGGAAGUCGAAGAGGCCAAAUGCGAGUGCUGCGGCCUGUCCGAGGAGUGCACGGCUGAGUACAUUAAUCGCGUCCGAAACCAGUUUUCGGGGAAGCUGAUUUGCGGGCUGUGCGCUGAAGCCGUGAAUGGAGAGAUGGACAAGAAUGGAGGCAAGAAGGAAGAGGCUGUGAAUGAGCACAUGAGUGCUUGCGUCAAGUUCAAUAGGCUUGAGAGGGCGAACCCUGUUCUGUACCAAGCUGAAGCCAUCAAAGAGAUUUUGAGGAAGAGUAGUUCUACUGGCAGGUCCAAAUCUAUGAACUACAAUAGUGGUGUUCAGAAGAACAAUGGUAGUCUGGCGCGGAGCUCUAGUUGCAUUCCGGCUAUCACUGCCAGAGAAGUUGGUGAUCAAGACGCUACUAAACCGAGCUACUAG